AAAUUGUUAAAUAAUUAAAAACUUCAAUAUUUUAAAUGAUAUAUAACUUUUGUACUAAAAUUACUCUUUAAUUGAUAAAAUUGACAAUUUGUACAGCUCACGAUAAAAAAAUGAUUCAAAUGAUUUUAUUCGCAUUAAUAAUAAUACUUCAUACAUGCUAUGGAACAUCUGGUAAUUUUAAAAGGGACCUAGAUAUAGCAUGGUCUGGAUGGAAUAGACAUUUUAAUGGUGAUUACUCACAGUAUGUUGGAAAAUAUGAAGGAAUGGAAAAUAAUAUGAACAUGCAUUCUAAAAUUAAAGCACAGUAUUUAUCUGCAAUAAAUAAUAUUAGAGAUUGGCAUAAUGCAAAACCCCUAAAAGAAAUUAAAGAAUUAGAUGACAUUGCACAGUCAUAUGCAAAUUAUAUAACCCAGACAGGAAAUUUUGAAGUAGGUAUAUUCAAUAAUGUUUUUGGACUUUUGGUAUCAUCUAAUGAAGCUAAUGAAGACGUAGGAAAAAAGGUACCAUUUGAAAUAUAUAGCAAUUUUGAUAAAGGCGAUACACCUUUUGAUUUUGAAGCGAAUGAGGAAGAAAUGGUUAAAAAUGAAAAUGUUGAAGAUCGUCGAAGUUCAAUGUGUAUGAUUUGGAAAAGUGCUACAAACAUAGGAAUUGGUGUGGCAAAAACAUAUCAAAUUCAAGGAACAUUUUAUAUUAUUGUAGCAGCAAUAUAUCCUAAGUCAAACGAAUUGGGAAAAUAUAAAGAAAAUAUAACACCUAGAAAUCUUGAAGCCAUGACUCAUUAUGGUUAUUUUGAAAAUCUUCAGAAAGAAAAAGAACGCAACAAAAGUUUUAUCAGAAUCGAAGUCGAGCCAUGGGUUCAAAAUAUUAUAGAUCGUUUAAAAAAAAAUGUUUUUGGCAGUGAUUAAAAAGAUAAAUAAAGGUUCAAUAUUAUCGCUUA